AUGGCUGACCGAAGGCGCGUCAGUCAGCGGCCAUUUGCCGAGCGCCGCCGAGGCUCCGUUCUCGUCGGCCAGCGAUCCAUCGACAUCAUGAACAUGAACCAAAGCGGCCAAGAUGGUGGUCCACGCUUCGUCAAGUUCAUCAUUCGCCAGUACAAGCGAUGGGGAUACUUUAUUUGCGACCACGACUGGAAGGCGAUGCUGUUUUGUACGGCGUUGAGUUUGUUGGGAUUGGCUAACGUGGUCUUCACACCGUAAGUAGGAAAAGACAGUAUUAGAAGAUACAAAAUACUGUUUGGUGCAAAAAGUUACAAGAUUUUAUUCAAUACCUUAACCAUAAAAAGAGAAUACCUUAAACUUAUUCUUUUAGUCAACAAAACGAUAUUACCGGAUAUACACCCUACGGAGCUCGUGCCAUCGAUGAAUAUUCAGUAUAUCAAGACUUUUUCUCAGAAAAUGGUCUUGGUGUGACAAUAUAUUUGUUUGCUUUAGCCAAAGAUGGUGGUACAAUGUUAAGGGAAACCCAUCUAAAAGAAGCGGUUACGGUAUGUUACCGUACUUAUGACUAUGAAUAUGUUUAGGUGCUGGACAGGGCGAUGGAUACGGUGAAUUUAACAAGUUCCAAAGGAGUUUCAAAGCCGUUUUCAAAAUUUUGCAAAAGUUUUUGCCGAAUUAACGAGCCAGUUCGACAGUUUUAUGUAAGUCGUAAUGGUAUCUAGUGAUAUCUAAAUGCAUAUCUUAAAAAUAACAAGCCAGAACACUUUGAAAUACCAACAUAAACCUCAAUUUCAGAACGGUUUCAAAAUCCAAAGCGAACUGGCAUCCAAAAAACAAAAGCUAAAUGGUCGUCUGGUACUGAAUUACCCACAGAGUACCAUCUUUGGUCAAUCGUUCACGUUACAACAAAACUUUUACGGAAUGGAGUAUUGGGACGACAGAGAGACCAGAGACACCGUAGAGGUUCUAGAACAAGGUGACGAUGGGAAUGGUACUGAAGUGUCAUCUGAAACCAUACAAAACCACGUCUCAAACAUGAAGAGUGUCAAGAUGGUGGUAAUGCAAUUGAGAGCUGAACAUGACCCUACUUGGACCAAUGCUGAGGUCAAGCAGUAUGAAAUGGACAUGGUUGAGGCUUUUGAGAGGUAUGGGUAAUAUAAAAUGACGAUUUAAAGAACGUUUGUGCAUAUCGUUGUUAAAAUACAAACUGGGUACAAUAAAUGCGACUUAUUUCAGAAGUUACCGACCAAAACACCUUCAAUUGUAUGUUUUGUCUCAAACAUACGUUGAAAACGAGAUGAUCAGAGCUGGUAUUAGCUUACUACCUUAUUUGACAGUGGGAUUCUUCAUUAUGUGCGCAUGUUCGGUCGUUUCUGUAACUGUCAGAGCUGUGUACAUGCAACAGCACAGUUUGCCAAAGGUAUGUUAUACACACUAUAACAUGUAUGCUGUUCUGUUCUUGUAUACUGGAUAAUAUCGAUGUUAUACACCUUUAUCGGGGCCUUCAUCUCCUUGUUGAUUGGAAAUUCAAAAUUCUUGACAAAAACCAUAACUUUACCGUAUUUUACAAAAACACUAUUUCCAGAUUCUCCUAGCCAUCACGGCCUGUGUGUUGCCCUUCAUGAGUUGUGCUACUGGCCUCGGUUUCCUCUUCUUCUGUGGCAUGAGGUUCUCCUCCAUUCUUUGUGUCAUUCCUUUCUUGGUAUUAGCCAUCGGAGUAGAUUCCUCCUACCUGAUGAUCCACGAAUGGCAGCGAGUCUGUAAACAUUGUCGCGAUCAUCCAAGUCGCAAAUCAAUGCAAGUUGGUUAUCGUGUUGCCGAAGUGUUAAGCGAAGUCGGCCCAGCCAUCUUGAUCUCUGUGUUGACCAAUGUCUUCGCUGAUGGAGUAGGAUCUUUCACAUCGUCACCUGAGAUCACGUUGCUUUGCGUUGGUAACUUGGUAUCUAUGAUUGUCGCUUUCUUGUAUCAGGUAAGGUUUCCGACAUAAAAUUUUGAAUAGACAUCAAAAUCCAUGCACAAUCUACUAAUGUCCUCAUAACAUUUCGUAAAAGACUUUUCCUUACCUAUAAAAAAUUACAACGCAAAUUUUUCGAUUUUCCACACCUAUAACAACAUCAACAAAUCAUAAAAAACUAGAAUGUAAGAAACACAAAACAUAGAGUAAAAUGUACUCCAAUUGUAGAUGACAUUCUACGCGGGCCUUUUCUCGUUGGUUGGAAGGUACGAGAUCUCACAAGAACGCAAAGAACGGUCGAUCUUCGAAGCCAGCUUGAGAACAGCCAAAUUCGACCGAAAACAACAUCUACAGGUUUGUAAUUUAUGAAAUAAGUUAUAUUACAAAUUUUAUAACAUUAAAAAUAUAAAACACCUUUCCUUUACCUCAAAAAACAUUAAAAAAGCUUGUAAACCCCCAAUUUCUUCGUAUUCUGGAAACAUUCCGAAAAGUCUCCCAAUUUAGAGUAAACGAAGUGUCCACUUUUGUCAUUUUGUUUACUUGACAAGAUUUUGUGGCGAAAAGUUAAUUAACAGUAAAUUCUGUACUAAAAUUAACUUUUUUUACAGCGCCAAGCUUCCAAGUUCCAUGACAACACAAAGGAGGCUAUCAGCCACACCAUGGAGGUGUAUGUCAGCUUUGUGGCCAAUAAGUUUGUCGCCAGUCUGACGAUCUUGGUCUACUUCAUGUACCUGGCUUUCUCAAUCUACGUAAGUCGUUUUUACGAAAAAAGAUGUGUCGUAUAUUACUAUAUAAUUGCUAUAUACAUUAAAUGUUGCUUUAUAUUGUUUUAGGUAAUAUUGAAACAAUAUAACUUAUUUCAGGGUAUUACUCAAAUAAACAUCAACUUAACGACUCAAAAACUGUUUGCUGCUGACUCGCCUCUGCUUGAGUUGGAUAAAUUGAGGGUAGAGUAUCAAGUACCUCACUUUACGAUGGCUACAGUUUUUGUAAAUAACCCUGGUAAUCUGAGUGAUCCAGACAGAUUGGACAAGAUGAAUCAGUUCGUCGAAGACAUGGAGAAGAUCAAGGGAAGCUGGGGAAAGAUUGGAACACAAUACUUUGUCAGAGAUUACGAGACUUUCCAAGGAACUUUCGAUGGUAUGUUGCGGGUACAAUAAAUGUAUAAUAGCCUUUCUUGUAUUAAUAUGUUACUCUAUGGGCUUUAAGAGUAGUAUAUGGUUUCUUAAGGUUCUGAAUGAUCAAAAGACAUUAUAAAUCCAAAAAAUUAUAGAUUUUGACGUAGAUGCGCUAGAAGCUGAAGAAGAAUCAGAAGACAACAAUGAAAAGGCAGCAGCGUUGACAGGAAACAAGCCGUUGACGUUUGACGGUGAUGAUCUCGAUCACUUCAUCAAAUGGCCCGAAUACAACUUUUGGAGCGGAUUCUUGCAGCUGAACAAUAAGACGUAAGCUUUUUGUGAGAUAAUCAGGCAAAUAAUAAUAGUUCUAGGAUCAGGCAAACGACAGUAGUUUUAUAUUGCUUUAAGUUAAAAAUAAUUAAAAUCAAUGUUGUUUUAGGUAAUGAAACAUUAAUAUUGUUCUAGAUAAGGUUAAAUUAUUUUACUAUAAAUAUUGUUACAGGCACAAUUUGGACAGAUUUUUCUUCACGACUGGAUAUCACGGUAAAGAAAUCUCAAUCUGGACGAAACGUGGUGAGCUCCUGAAUACAUGGAGAGCUACUGUUGAUAAGUACAAGUAAGUAGAGGACAGUCAAAUCUAAGAUACAGAAACGAUAAUUUUUGACUAAAAUAUUAUAUGAAAAGCAGGAACUUUUGUAGAUUCACAAAUCGAUAUUUGAAAGGCAAACUUUAAAAACUAAAACAAUAUAAAAAUAUUUUUAAUCUUCAGGGACGAAUUCAAGGCCUCAGUAUUCCACGAAGACGCCGUAUUCCUGGAUCUGAUUGAGAACAUGCCCACAGAUACCUGGCAAUCAGUCCUGGGUACCUUGAUCUGUAUGGGAGGAGUCUGUUACCUAUUCUUGAACUCUUUCUUCACCGUGAUUAUGGCUUCGACUUCUGUGUUGUCGAUUUGUGCUGGCAUUUUGGGUAUAUUGAGUUGGUGGGGAGUGGAUUUGGACCCCAUCACUAUGGCUGCCAUGAUCAUUUCUAUCGGUUGCAGUGUGGAUAUACCUGCUCACGUUUCUUAUCACUACUAUCAGGCUUGUAAGUGAAGUUUUCAGCAACAUAAUGUAAUUUUUUUCUAAGAUAUUUAAAUUUUAAAGCGAUAAACAUGAAAAUAGUUUAUUUUUGCAAUAUUUUAGGUAUUAAAUUGGUAUGAUUUAAUAUGAAAUGAUUUUUUAGCAAAACGAAGUACUCCAGAUGUCGACGAUACUCCAGAAGCCAAGCUAGUCAACUGUUUGUCUUCUGUAGCCUUCCCAGCUGUUCAGGCUGGAGUAUCGACGAUUCUUUGCGUUUGCUCGUUGUUGUUCGUCAAGCUUUACAUGUCCAUGGUAAGAUCCUUUACUCUAAAAUAACAACUUAUUAUGUUUAAUUUCAAUAUUCGUUACUUUGAACAAUAGUUUAUGUUAAAAUUUAGGUAUUCGUCAAAACCAUGGUGGUAUGUGUAGUCUUGUGUAACAUCCAUGGUCUCAUCUUCUUGCCCGCCUUCUUGAUUAUGUUCGAUUCCUGCUUCACUCAUGCCAAAAACACCGUGAAGAAGGUGAAGAAGCCGAAAAAGAAGAACCCGGAGAAUGGUGCUAACGGUACUACGACCAACAGAAAGCGAAUCCAGCCUCAAGAAGACCGUAAGAAAGACCACAUGGCACCAGACCGGCCACAACUUUCUCCCGAUCCUAGUCCACUUCCUUCACCAAAACCAUCGACCGCGACUUCUGAAGAUCGGCCAAAGACUUCAGAUGCUCGGCCAACGCCUUCUGGACAUCAUUUAGCUGUGUCAGACGAAAAACCAGCGAAUUCACCAGAUCGACCGGUUGAAAAAACUUCGGAAGGCCCAAAAGAGGACCAGUUUGAAGAGGUACAGCUUACCAAACCCACGACGAUAGAGAUCCGUGAUCCAGAAGAUCACCAUCCAGUCCAGACUCAGUCAUCUGUCGACUCCAAGAAACAGGCCAGACUGACGCUGCAGAAAGCGGUCGAGGAAGAGCUACCGGUUUAA